CUUCAUUCGUGAGAGAGAAGGAAAGUGAGUGAAAGCGUCGUCGUCUUCAAGAAUACUUUCAGAAGAAGAACAAAAAAUGGCUACAAGACCAGUAGUUCCUCAACAAAUCAGAGGUGAAGCGGCGAUUGGAGGAGGAAAGCAGGGGAAGGGCGGGGCGGCGGUGGAUGCAAGGAACCGCAGAGCAUUGGGUGAUAUUGGGAAUCUGGUAACUGUUCGAGGAAUUGACGCAAAGGCUAAUCGCCCUAUUACAAGGAGUUUCUGUGCUCAGUUGCUUGCCAAUGCUCAAGCGGCUGCAAAAGCUGGAAAUAAUAUGAAACAAGUGCCUGUUAAAGUAGAUGGGGCUGCUCCCAUUCUUGAUGGUGGUGUUGUGGCUGUUAAGAAAGCAGGAGCUCCCAAGGCUGCAACGAAGAAAGUUGUUUCCAAACCGAAAGCGGAGGUGAUCGAGAGAAGCCCGGAUAAGGUCGAACAAGAUCGGGGCAAGGAAGUGAAAUGUACUAACAAGAAAAAGGAAGAAGGGGUCUCAAAGAAGAAGGCACAGACUCUCACCGCAGUCAUGACGGCUAGAAGCAAGGCUGCUUGUGGAGUAACCAAGAAACCAAAGGAACAGAUAAUUGACAUUGACGCAGCAGAUGUUGGAAAUGAGUUGGCAGAAGUGGAAUAUGUUGAGGACAUUUAUAAGUUCUAUAAGGAAGUUGAGAAUGAGAGUAGGCCUCAUGACUAUAUGGAUUCACAACCGGAGAUAAACACUUCAAUGAGAGCAAUAUUGGUGGAUUGGUUGGUUGAUGUCCACAACAAGUUCGAGCUUUCCCCCGAAACAUUCUACCUCACCAUCAACAUAAUUGAUCGCUUCCUUGCGAGGAAGGCAGUCCCAAGAAGGGAAUUGCAGUUGUUGGGUAUUGGGGCAAUGCUCAUAGCCUCCAAAUACGAGGAGAUCUGGGCGCCAGAGGUAAACGACUUCGUGUGCCUUUCAGAUAGAGCGUACACGAAUGAACAGAUACUAAUGAUGGAGAAAAGGAUACUUGGGAAGCUGGAAUGGACCAUGACUCUGCCUACUCCCUAUGUUUUCCUCGCUCGGUUCAUCAAGGCGUCGAAGGACUCCGAUCACGAGAUGGAAAAUCUGGUAUAUUUUCUGGCAGAACUUGGCAUAAUGCAUUACAACACCUCAAUAAUGUACAGCCCAUCAAUGAUUGCCGCCUCGGCAGUCUAUGCCGCUCGAUGCACGCUGAAGAAAAGCCCUGGUUGGGAUGAGACCCUCAAACUGCACACUGGCUUCACAGAGCCUCAACUGAUUGAUUGUGCAAAGCAUUUGGUGGGAUUCCAUGGGGCAGCAAGCAAGAACAAGCUGCAAGUAAUAUACAGAAAGUACUCCAGCUCGGAGAGGGGAGCGGUAGCAUUACUUCAGCCACCCAAAGCUCUCUUGGUGACUCCUAAUGGUCAUUGAUGAAACAUUUGGUUGAAAAGAAUUGAAUUUGUGUUGAUUUUUGGGGGUUGGGGGGUGGCUUUUUGUUCCCUGAAAAGCAGUUGAAUAUGAUGUUUUUUAGUUGUAAUCAACAAUCUUAUGUCACUAAAAGUAUAAUAUGUGUUGUUAGAAAAUUGCUAACAUAAUAAUAUC